AUGCUGCAGCUGAGCCUGUCCUGGCUAGGCCUGGGGCCGGUGGCAGCCUCCCCAUGGCUGCUGCUGUUGCUGGUUGGGGCCUCCUGGCUUGUGGCCUAUGUCUUGGCCUGGUUCUACUCCUUCUGUGACAACUGUCGCCGCCUCCGCUGUUUCCCGCAGCCUCCAAAACGGAACUGGUUUUGGGGUCACCUGGGCCUGGUCCAGAGCAAUGAAGAGGGCAUGCGGCUCGUGGAGAAUCUUGGCCACUACUUCCGUGAUGUCCACCUCUGGUGGAUGGGCCCCUUCUGCCCCAUCCUGCGACUUGUCCAUCCUAAGUUUGUUGCCCCCCUCCUCCAGGCCCCAGCUACCGUCACACCCAAGGAUAUGACCUUCUAUGGCUUCCUAAAACCCUGGCUGGGGGAUGGACUCCUGCUGAGUGCUGGUAACAAGUGGAGCCACCAUCGCCGUCUGCUGACACCUGCCUUCCACUUUGAAAUCCUAAAACUCUAUAUGAAGAUUUUCAAUAAGAGUGCAGACAUCAUGCAUGGCAAGUGGCAGCGCCUGGUCUCGGGAGGCAGCGCCUGUCUGGACAUGUUUGAGCACAUCAGCCUCAUGACCUUGGACAUUCUUCAGAAAUGUGUCUUCAGCUUCGAUAGCGAUUGCCAGGAGAAUCCUAGUGAAUAUAUUGCUGCCAUCUUGGAGCUUAGUGCCCUCAUAGUGAAACGAUACCGGCAGAUCUUCCUGCACUUGGACUUUCUGUACUACCUCACUCCGGAUGGACGGCGCUUCCGUAAGGCCUGCAACAUGGUGCAUGAGUUCACAGACACCAUCAUCCAGGAACGACGUCGCACCCUCCAGCACCAGAGUGUUGAUGACAUCCUCAAAGCCAAGACCAAAUCCAAAACCUUAGACUUCAUUGACGUACUUCUGCUGAGCAAGGAUGAAAAUGGGAAGGAGUUGUCAGAUGAGAGCAUACGAGCAGAGGCUGAUACCUUCAUGUUUGCAGGCCAUGACACCACAGCCAGUGGUCUCUCCUGGAUCCUGUACAACCUUGCGAGACACCCAGAAUACCAGGACCGCUGCCGGCAGGAGGUGAGAGAGCUUCUGAAAGACCGUGAGCUUAAAGAGAUUGAAUGGGAGGAUCUGGCACAGUUGCCCUUCCUGACCAUGUGUAUCAAAGAGAGUCUGCGGCUGCAUCCUCCUGUCACUGUCAUGUCUCGCUGCUGUACCCAGGAUGUUGUGCUCCCAGAUGGUCGAGUCAUCCCCAAAGGAAACAUCUGUAUGGUCAGCAUCUUUGGGAUUCAUCAUAAUCCGUCAGUCUGGUUGGAUCCCAAGGUCUAUGACCCUUUCCGCUUUGAUCCAGAAAAUCCCCAGAAGAGGUCACCAUUGGCAUUUAUUCCUUUCUCGGCGGGGCCCAGGAACUGCAUCGGACAGACCUUCGCCAUGACCGAGAUGAAGGUGGUCCUGGCGCUCACGCUGCUGCGCUUCCGUGUCCUGCCUGACAACACCGAGGCGCGCAGGAAGCCGGAGCUGAUCCUGCGGGCUGAGGGAGGCCUUUGGCUGCGGGUGGAGCCGCUGAGCUCAGACCCUCAGUGACUUACUCCCUCUUGGACUUUGACCCAAUCCACCGCUACCCCCUGUCUUUUUCAUAUUCUCAGGAAUAAAACUGCUGUCCUCUGCCUGAGCCGCUCUUAGAGCCCGAGAACCAGUAGGGGGCGCUCAGGGACUGCAGGAGUUUGCGGGGUGAGGGGCUGAUUGGAGGCGGGGUGGUGUUCCCGUUCCUUGAGAGCUUGACUACUUCUCUGGUUGACCGCAGAGCCCCCAGGCUGAUGGCAGUUGGCCCAGGUAUGGACUUUUCUUCUGUGGGCAAGAAGGAACCAUGGGAGUUGUCUGAGCAGUAGAGGGACCAGGAUUAAGGAGGGAUUUAGGAGGCAGGUUUGAGGGUAUGAGUCAGGGAGGCAAACCCAUAAAGGCAGUCCACUUCUGCUACAGUGAACUAACUCAUUUCUGAUAUGAAACACCCAGUCUUUUUUCUCCUGAAGUUUCUUCACUGUGUUUCUAUGGUUACUAAAAUACUCAGUUCAUUAAACAUAAUA